CCGCAAUCCCGCCGUCGUCAUACGAUAGCGCAAGUGCGGAACAGUUGUGGUCGGCAAAUAUACUCAAUAGCGAGAGCAGCGCCGCGGAGGAAUUAUAUGAAGCGUCCGGCUUUGCGGUGUUGUGGACAACAGACAACAAUAAUAAUAGUCUUACCGUGAAUACCACAGAAUUUGUUAUGGCCUCAGCGAAUGGUGUACUUCUGCGGACGUUCAGCACAUUGCCGGAUGUUACGACAACGGCGUUAGAUCUUCAUGAGGAAGUGGACUUAGCUGAAGUUCAUGUGGACAACUAUUGGGGUUAUGUGAUACUGCUACUGGUCUUCGCCACAGCGGCUGGGAAUAUACUUGUCUGCUUGGCUAUUUACUUGGAGCGACGUUUACAAAAUGUCACCAACUACUUUCUAAUGUCUUUGGCAAUAACGGAUCUAAUGGUAGCUGUGCUGGUGAUGCCACUAGGCAUAUGGACGCUGGUAAAGGGCUACUUUCCGUUGAGCUCGUUGUGGUGCCUCGUUUGGAUUUGUCUGGAUGUGCUCUUUUGUACGGCCAGUAUAAUGCAUCUAUGUACCAUCUCCGUCGAUCGCUUCUUAUCACUGGCCUUUCCAAUGCGCUUCGGCCGGAAUAAGACCAAUAAACGUGUAUUUUUGAAAAUUGGCAUUGUCUGGUGUCUGUCGUUUUCGACGAGCAUACCAUUGUGUCUGAUGUACUCACAGAAUCAUUCGUCGGUGCUAAUUAAUGGUACAUGUCAGAUACCGGAUCCUAUUUACAAGUUCAUCGGCUCAAUUAUUUGCUUCUACAUACCGUUAUCUGUUAUGCUAAUCACAUAUUGGCUGACAUUGCGCCUUUUGGCAAAGAAAAGUCAUAAUCUUGGUGGAACGAGUACGCCACAACAGCCGGGCUGGGCGAGCACUUGGCUAGGACAAAGCAGCGCAUUUGAACGUCGUCGCACUUGGCGACAACUCCUCCGACCCAACUCCAGCACUGUGACACAAUCAGCACCGUCGGCUAACUCCACCGAUACCGAGCUAUCCACGCUGGAUACCCACGAAUUGUGGCUGGCCGAAGCCAAUACACAGGAGCAUAGCGCCAACACAAUGACCGCGCUACAACAAUUCGGUGCGGAAAUGUUGAAAUUGUCUCGAGGCCUAGAGUCGGUGGCAUCCUCUUCAACCACUUGCUCACCCACCAAAUCCGAAUUUUCAUCAACAAAUCACUUCACCAAUUGCAGUCCGCAGCAUUAUGCCAACAACAAGCAAGCCAAUCAGCCACACACAGUAAGUGGGGAACAUCAACAAAUGCCCACGGCGGCGCUGGCGGAUAUGACAGCAGUUGGGAUGGUGCGGUCAACAAGUUUAAGGCGUACUGCGCGUAGAGGACGUAAAAGAUCCCUAUCGCCAUCCUGCAAGACGCAGCAUACAUUGAUGCAUUGCAAAAACCGCCGUCGCUAUUCAACAGCUACACAAGGCAUGCGUGAGCCGCGACCGGAUACACCGCCACCGCAACGGCGCAGUCGCUUCAAUAGCUUGCCAAAGAAUGCGCUCAUCUUCCUCUCCCGCCAACCCAGCCAAGCAGCGAACAACAGUACAGAAGACGAAGCAAAAACAUCUACAAAUCACCCCGACACGGAAAUGGGAAUGGAAAAGACGAACAAAACACAAAGAGGGCGCAGCAGCAAUGAAAAACAAGUGGAGUUGCCACCCAUAUGCACUUGUCCGUACUUCGGUGAACGACCGCUACGGAAUUGUGUUAAGCCGGCGGAAGUGAAAAUCAUACCGACCACUUUCAAGGUGACCAAUGUUAUAGAAAUCGAAAGUUUACUCAAUCCGCCCGAUGAGGAAUUGAGUGGUAUUUUAGUGACGACAAAUAACACGCGCAGCAACGCUAACACACAUCUCAGUCCAAGCUCCGCCGAGCAUAUGAUCAACAAUCAUAGUGCCAGUACGCUGACGGUGCAUUCCAGUGAUGGCAACACAGACGGUUACCUAAGCGUCAGCGGCGCGCCCGGUACACCUUGCGCUGGACGACGAAAACUCAGCAUAUCAAAGACUGCUUCAGUGGUGACAUGGGAUGCCAGUCGCCAUCGCCGACGUGGUUCGAGUUUUGGCAGCGCACGUACUACACUACUGCUAACGCCAACCAAGACCGGCCUCAGCACAUCCUCCUCGGCAACGCCACUGCGACGCUCCGCCACACUACGCAGCCACAACAACAUGAAUUAUCUGCAAGUCUCAACGGCAAGUGAUGGCGCGGAUACGACAAACCGUUUACGACCACGCUCAACUACACCACAUUCCUCGCCAUGUCUGCUGCAACGCAACCAAACCGUACGCUCACAUCAUUCACGUAAUUCAAGCGUAAUUUCGCGAAAUUCCUCACGUCACGGCCGCAUCAUCAAACUGGAACAGAAAGCCACCAAAGUGCUGGGUGUGGUUUUCUUCACAUUCGUCGUGCUAUGGUCACCCUUCUUCGUGCUCAAUCUAUUGCCCACCAUUUGUGGUGACUGCGAGAAGCACAUAGCACAUUGGGUUUUCGAUGUCGUCACUUGGCUGGGCUACGCCUCGUCCAUGGUGAAUCCCAUUUUCUACACGACUUUUAAUAAAGUUUUUCGAAAAGCAUUCAAAAAGGUACUCACUUGCCAAUACUCCAGCAAGAGAACGUGGAAUCCGAGUAUUGGUAAUGGUAAUGAUAAUAUUUGUAUUAGCAAAGAUACUGGUAGUGCGAAUAGUAAUGAUAAUAUUCACGGUAAUCGUAAUCGCAAUGGCUAUAUUAAUAUAAUGUUAAUAUCAGUAGUGAUUAGAAUGUAA